ACGACGGCGCGGCGGCUUGCGAGCGCGCAGCCAGGCCUCUCUCUCCUCAGUCGUCCGAACACCAGCUAAGCAGCACCGACUCCUCCGACCGGCUGCCCACCCGGUUGCCCGCGUACGGACUUCACGCACACGCUCGCUGUGCCGCGCGUCGUCGUCGUCUUCCGUCCGCAUAUUCUUCGUAUCUAUUUUUAUGUUUCCAUUGCUCUCUUCACCGACAUCGAUACACAACGCAACGCAUAGUAUUAUAAUUUGUGUUUGAUACAUAAUUUCCAUUAAUGUUAAAUACCUAUCGCAGGUACCACCAAACAUAUAUACAUAUAUAGAAGUGUACAACCCUUGGUGGGUUGUAUAGGUAUUUCCUAUUCGUUUCGGUUUCAUUUCUUUUUCCUCGUCGCCCAAAUACGUUUUGAAUGAAGAACGCACGUCAAGACAGUAUAUCUCAUUACCAGAGAUUUCUCGAAGUCACAGGAGUCAUCCAAAUAUCUUACCAAAGACGGCUAAUUCUAGUGAUCUAAGCUUAUAACAGUUGUCGGUCCGGAUCGUCGUUUCCUAUUUCGAUGGGUUGAGACGAACACUAACGAGUUUCCAGAGCCUGAAAACCUAUCUAUAAUAGUUGGUUCAAAGGCCGAAGGAGACAUAUCUUGGAGAUUUUUGAAGAAAGAAAAUUGACUUAUUCUUGUCAGAUCGCAAGGUUUGAACUUGAGCCAAAUUUAAAAAGAAUAAUUUAAUUUGGCAAUCGAAUAUAAUUUUAUUACCCGAAGAAAUAGACUUUUAUUUCUACCAUAGAUACAGAAAUGUUGAAAGUAGUAGGAGCAUCAUGGGCUCAAACACAACUGUCAUGGUGUUUGAUUAUUGCAAUCACUUUGUUGGGUUUGUUAGCAUUUUAUUUCGGAGGAUCGAUCAGAAAUGAAUAUGAUGGUAAAUAUGCCGCAACAGCGUUUUGGAGCAAAGAAUUUGGAAUGAGAAUUGAUUUCUGUGGUCAAAAUAACGACCCGCUUAAAGUAAGAAAAGGGGUGGCAAGAGCUUAUUACAGACCGGAUUUAUCUGAAAACGGAUGGGCAGUUUUAGAAAUUGAGACUCAGGCGGAAUACCCGGAUAUCGUACAAGCUAAGGCUGCUGGGUAUUUGGAAGGCAGUUUGACGUGGCGUAUGAUUUAUUGGCACUGGAAGAAUACAGUAGAAAACACAUGUAUCGGGAGAAAGGCCUUCUGCGAUCGAAUAAGAAAAUAUUUGGAAGAAAAUUCUAUCGAAAUCAAACAAACGGCUAGAAGGCGAGGCGAAUCAGAUCCAUUUUGGCACCAAGUAAAUAUGUUUUACAUGCAAUUGAGAGCAUUGGAGGAUGGUUGGAGAUUUGGAGUAAAAAGAAGCAGACAAGACAUUGAUAUACCAUCGGUAGACUUCUUAUGGAUGAACAUUAUGCCGGAUUUAAAAAACUUCGAACAAAAAUUUAACGCAUCAAAAGAUUUUAACCCUGAUAAGCCACCGGUAUCUGCUACAUUAGUAAAAAUUGUCGGCACUAACCCAAUUGACUUUGUUUUAGCUCAAUCUGCUUCUGGAUAUUAUGGGUCAAUGUUACGCAUACAGAAACGCUAUAAUUUCGGCUUUCAUGAAACGGAAAGCGAAGACAGUGCACUCGUUAAUGGAAAGAUAAUCGAGUUCACCUCAUAUCCUGGAUCAAUUUAUUCUCAAGACGAUUUUUAUAAAGUCACCAGGAAAGGUUCUAAACCGGAAACUACUGUUGUAGGGACAGAAUUACAAAAUAACAACCGACAGCUCUGGGAAAAGAUUAUGAAAAAAGAUCAAGUCCUGUUGGGAGCUAGAAUCAUGGCAGCCAAUCGUUUAGCGAGUAACAGUAAGAAAUGGUACGAAGUGUUCUCGAGAAACAACAGCGGCACUGGAAACAAACAAUGGCUGAUCAUCAGCACGAAUAGCACAUCAAUUGCAUUUGGAGUCAUCGAACAAAUGCCGGGCAUUGUUAGCUACGAAGAACAAUCAAAAAAACUUUUGUCCACCGGCUAUUGGAUCAGCAAUAGUAGUCCAAGUCUCAAGGAAACGGUUUACAUGUCGGGAGCGGACGUACGGGACGCCGAUCACCCGGUGACGAACAUACUGCGCAACGGACAGAGGAACGUCACCGACAUCGGGACGCUGGUGGAGCUGAUGCGAGGCACCGAGAUGUCGCUGAUCGGUCGGACCGACUUGUUGGGCGUCAAGACCAACGCCAUGUUCCGGCGGUUCGCCAACCAGUCGUUCGUGGAACAGCUGAUCGCGGCCAACCGGCUCCGGUCGGCCGACGGCACGGCGCCGUUGAAAGACGACCGGACCACGAUCGUCACGAAUCGGCUACCGUCGUCCGCCGGGUCGGACGACAAGUCGGACGAGACAGACAAGUGCUUCACGGGAACCGUAGACCUUAAGAUCACGUCGGCGUACACCAACGGUUACUAUGCGGCCUCCGGGCCGCCGUUCACCGUGGACCGCGCCGAGGUCGAACCGUUCCGGUGGUCCGAGAGCCCGAUCAGGCACCUGCCUCAUUACGGGCACCCGGACGUCUGGGACUACGACGUGGAGGGCGUCGAAUGGGUUUGGAUCUGAUGAACGCGCGAAGACGUCGCACGCGAUACAUACGCAAUUUACAAUAAUAAUAUUAUAAUAUAAGUAAACGAUAAAAUGAUAUUAUAAUAUACAUUAUAUAAUAAUAGAGUACUGUGCUGCCCGUCUCGGCGUGUGUGCACUACAAAAUAUUUUACGAAUACGGUGCAAUACGGACACGACCUUUUACGAUGAACCUUUUUUAAGGCGUUUUAUUUGCAUAUACAGACAGAUAAUAUAUCGCAGUGCAGACGACUCGCGAGUUUAUGUCAUUUAUGAUAUGUAUCGCCUGCUAUAAAAAAAAAAAAACAAAAAAAAAAAAAAAAAAAAUUGCACCAUACUCACACAAACUCACAUCCUCGUUUUGUCCUAUAUAUCUAUAACUUAUAAGCCUACUAUAUAUAAUAUACCUAUAUACUAUAAAAUAUAUUUUAAUAUGUGAUAUCUACCUACUAUAUAUACUAUAUAUAGACGAUAGUUUAAUUAAUAUAAUAUAUAUAUAUAUAAAUCUCAAUAGAACAGAAUUACCUAUCGAUACCAUAUAUGGCCAUUGCGAGUGAAAUCAAAUUACCAAAACUCGUACUCCUAUUUCAUAUAUAUAUAAGUAUUAUAAAUUAUGUACUGCGAGUUGCAGCGAAAUAUAACAAUAAUAAUAAAUAACUUAUUCGCCGCCAUUGUAGUACUUUAUCAUUAUUGCACGAUUUUAUUCGAUAUACUAUAUUACCUAUUAUACAUAUAUAUAUAUAUAUAUAUUAUAAACUCGUCUUCCAAAAUCAUUACAAUUAUUAUCAUUUUUUUUAGUACCUAUAUAGACUAUUUAUUUCUUUAUUUCCUAUUUCUCAAUAAACUUAUACUAUGUAUUUUUAUUUCAAAUUUACGAUGCGAAAUUUCUUAUUUUGUAACAUUCAAUGUGAUGUAAUUUUAAAUAAAGAUUAAUUUAAAUCGAA